GGGGCGGGGUUUAGGGCGGAUUUGGGGAAAGAGUACACAGGCCGAGUUGUGUGUCAGGAAAAGCAGCUGCUCCGCCUGGACAGGGAUCUAUUGGAACAAGUGUUGGGCUGUGUUAGAGCAUUCGGUUGUCGGGAAUAUUUUCCUUUCAAAAGAUAUGAUAAAAGUUGUACGGCACAGCAAAUUCCGUCAUGUCUUUGGCCAGGCGGCGAAGAAUGACCAAUGCUACGAUGAUAUCAGAGUGUCAAGGGUCACAUGGGACAGCGCCUUCUGUGCAGUUAAUCCCAACUUUGUUGCUAUAAUUGUUGAAGCUAGCGGAGGUGGAGCUUUUCUUGUCCUUCCACUUCACAAGACUGGUCGCAUUGACAAAUCCUACCCCACAGUGUGUGGACACACAGCCCCAGUGUUAGACAUUGACUGGUGCCCGCACAAUGAUCAGGUCAUUGCCAGUGGCUCUGAGGACUGUACAGUGAUGGUGUGGCAGAUCCCAGAAAAUGGCCUUGUUACCCCCCUGUCCGAGCCGAUUGUGGCACUGGAAGGCCAUACAAAGCGGGUUGGCAUUAUCACAUGGCACCCAACAGCACGCAAUGUCCUACUUAGUGCUGGUUGGGACAACCAGAUCUUCAUCUGGAAUGUGGGCACGGGUGAGGCCGUGAUCACCUUGGAGGACAUGCACCCUGAUGUCAUUUACAAUGUGUGCUGGAACCGCAAUGGCAGCCUUAUAUGCACGGCUUGCAAAGACAAAUCCAUCCGUAUCAUCGACCCUCGUACAGAGGAAGUGACUGCUGAGAGAGAGAAGGCACAUGAGGGUGCGCGACCUAUGAGGGCCAUCUUCCUGGCAAAUGGCAAUAUCUUGACGACAGGUUUUAGUCGCAUGAGUGAGAGACAGCUGAUGCUCUGGGACCCGAGUAAUUUGGAUGAGCCCAUUGGUAUCAUUGAGUUGGACAGUAGCAACGGUGUUCUCUUGCCAUUCUAUGACCCAGACACCAAUGUGGUUUACCUUUGUGGAAAGGGGGAUAGCAGCAUCCGCUACUUUGAAGUCACAGACGAGUCUCCAUAUGUUCACUUCCUCAAUUCGUUUACCACAAAGGAUCCACAGAGGGGCAUGGGAUUCAUGCCCAAAAGAGGUCUUGAUGUCAAUAAGUGUGAAAUAGCGAGGUUCUACAAGCUGCAUGACAAAAAGUGUGAGCCCGUCAUAAUGACUGUACCCAGAAAGUCUGACCUGUUUCAGGAUGACUUGUACCCGGAUACAGCUGGACCAGACCCAGCCCUGGAGGCUGAAGAGUGGUUUGAGGGAAAGAACAAAGACCCUGUUCUCAUCUCACUCAAGUACGGCUAUGUCCCAACCAAAAAUCGUGACCUUAAGGUGGUCAAAAAGAAUAUUUUGGAUGCCAAGGCAACCAAGACCCCAGAGAACAAAUCCCCUGCAUCCAUGCCUGCUUCCUCAAAACCAUCAGCUAAAUCCGAAACCAAACUGGAGGAGAUCUUGAAAGAAAUCAAAUCCCUCAAGGACAUGAUCAGCAAUCAGGAGAAGCGGAUCAUCAAACUUGAAGAGCAGAUGUCCAACAUUGCCAUUUAAGGACACUGUAUACUUAGAUUUAGGAUGCUUAAUUGGUUGGGACUGGGCAGGGUCAGUCACAGCCUAUCUCGGUGGCAGUGUUCUGUCUGAAACCUGCCAAGCAACAUUCCAGAUAAACUUUUAACUUCUAGCCCCAAACCCUCAGUUAGCACAGGUGGAAUAAGACAGACGUGGCAAAUUUAGCAGCAAAGUUUCUUGAAUUUUCUUUUAAGUGUAACAGAAACAA